GCACACACUGCUCGGUCGGCGGCCGGGAUGAGACACAAGCUGCACCGAAAACCGUAAUCGGUGAAAUUAUCUGCUACAAGAGUGUUGAAUAUGUCGAGGAAGUGCAGUUAAUGGAGCCGGCUUCAUCCAUGGAUAUAUCUCCGGAGGUCUCCACUGCGCAUCGCGAAAUCUGUGGCCAAAUUGCUUUUGCAGAGGAAAUACGCCUUCCGAGCAGGAGAACAACCAAUCAGCCGUGGCGAACCAAAGAUAAACAAGCCUUAUGAUAAGAGAAAACUCUCAGGUUAACCCAGGCUGUGUGCAGCCCUAGUGAACUAUCAUGCUGGCCUGUAUCCAGAGACGGCAGACUCUCUCAUCACAGCGUCUAGCCUGCACACCCAAAAGCCUUGAUGUCCCACCACCGCCAUUACUGCUGUCAGUACCACCACUGCAGCCGUGCACCCACAAAGGCGAGCCAGCCUCCAUGAUUUCUCGGUACCCUUCUCCUGCAGAGUUGGACGCUUUUGCCCAGAAGACCGCCAACAGCCCGCUGUCCAUCAAAAUCUUUCCAUCUGACGUCCGGGUGCCACAACAUAAACAGCUUAACAAAACAGUCAAUGGCUUAGACACCACAGGCCCACGCUAUAGCCCCUAUUCACAGCCGUUCUCAGGAGGCUAUCAGGGUUUAUUGGCUGUCGUCAAAGCCUCUGUGGUGGUCAAAGGUGUGGUGAAAAACUCUGAGGGCAGAAGGACUAAACAUGCAAACACCCAGAUUUCUGUGGCACCGUAUAAUAAUCCUCUGAAUAAUGGCUACACAGUCAGACAUGGGCAUAAGGCCUAUCAUAUAAGCUCAUGUAAGCCCCCUGAUGUUCCUAUUGAGACACUUUGUUCUAGCGCAGGCAUGGCCUCCGGAGAUCAGAGCCUGGCCCCCCAGUCUGAGCUGGCAGAGGUUCAAAGCCUGAUGAGGCAGAUGAGCAGAGUUCCCCACAGCCAGGCCCUGCAGCUGGGGGGAGAGGCUCGAGCCAGCCCCUCUCUGCAGGCUGUGGCUGCAGUGGCACAUUCGGACUCAGACUUUGUCCUGGGAGUGCCGCCCCAAAGCAGUCUGGCAUUCACGGGGGCGGUGAUACCUACACAGAGUGCAGACAUAGCCAAAGCUGGGUACCUAGAGAAAGGAGACUACACAGUGUGGCAGCAUAAACAUCUAAUGCAGCAGCAGCAGCAGUCCUAUCAGCAGGGAGCAGUGAGGAUGUACAGAGUGAGUAACAGUGCUCAGGGGCACAGAACAGCAGAGGCUGGCCAGCCUCCUGAAACCUGCCUCCCUUUGAGGUGCUCCUCGCAGCUGUCGUAUAGACCGCAUCCUGCCAGUGUGCGUGCUGGGCAGGAGCGACUCAGCACCUCCUCUCUGAACUGUGCCGCCAUGCAGGGAGAGUUCUCAGUCGGACAGUACUUCGCACCUCUCUGGGACGGCGUUGUGGCCACCCCUACUAGCGACUGUUUUACUUCUCAGGUGCUGGCAACGGGUACAUGCGCAGCCAGGCCUAGAGAUCUGGGGCUCUCCCACCCCCACCUCCACCCAAACCGCCACCAACACCACCACCCGCAGCGCCUCCAGCCGCAGCUCCACCCUCCCCUCCCUCCUCAUACCCAGGCCUACAGCACAGACCAAAACCUCUGUUGUGGGCUGCCUAGUUCUAGCCUGUGCCACGCUGCAGUACUUAGCAGCAGCCUGCAGUCUCUGGAGUGCCUCAUCAGUGAGAUCCACCCUCCCUGCAUCAAAGAGCGCAUGCUGGGCCGUGGGUACGAAGCCAUGGGGAUGCCUCAACUACUGGAGCACCACCAGCAAACCCACAUCCAGCUCCCUGUCUACAGAUAAGACGUGGCGCUGCCACAAAACAGGGCGCAGAAGUGACAAACCUUUUAUAGACGAUGGAAGUGUGUCAGUUCAGACAUCUAUGAGAAUGAGACAUGCCUUUUUAGUCUGUGCAUGUACUGUAUUUGUAAAAGGCUUCGCGUUAUAAGCCUGAAAAGGUAAAUGAUAAUCAUGACUUAAGAUACAGGUUUAUUAUUGACUUUUCAUGUUUUAUUUUUAUAUCUUAAAUGGCCAUCAAAUAUGUCUGCUGUUCCUCAUUUAAUACUGAUGCUGAGCACCUAAUCAGAAUUCCCCAUUACAUUUCAACAUGGACUGUAUAUUUUGCAGGUGGUUCUUCUGUAGGCCUUUAUAAAAAUGGAAACUUGUGGAACUGUAUUGGUACCCUUCUAAAACAUUUACUUGAAUCUGGGAAUGAUCACCAGUAACAGUUUUUGUGAAUAUAUUGUAUAUUUUUACAACAAAAUGGCUUCUUAUUUCAGAGGGAACACUUCCUUAAUUAUUAACUGAACCUUUUGUCCACUUUUCAGUUACAUAAACAGCACCUGAGCUUCUGCUAUAUGAUGCAAAUUUCCUGGCCACUGUUUGGGGAAAUAUUUUGAUCAUUUGCAUACAAAUGUGAACCUAUUUUUCUUUAAUUUUUUUGCAGUCAUUCAAGUUAUGUAAUUUAACAUUUUAAUUGAUUCAUUGUUGUCAUGCUCAGCACAUUGUAUUAGGACUGUUGCAUAUCCAAAUCAACACUGUGGCAAUUCAGGCCAAGCAAGAUGCACCCUUGGGUUGUAUUUUUGUUUGCAAUUGUUUUUAAUUUUAAGAGGUUGUGUGCACAUUCUUCUUGAAUGAAAUUAUGUUUUUUUUCUUUCUCCCGAUGGUUGUGACACUGUUACACAACACCUGGGUAUGAUGGAGUGCCACCUGAAUCACUUACAAUAUGUUCUUUGUAGGGCUAUAUUAUCUCUGAUGGUGUGAUGUAUGACUGAGUAGUUCUUUGUGUGUCUGCACUGGUUCUGUAAUACUAUUUAUUUAUGUCAGCCUGUUGAGUUAUAUGGCAAACUGUCUAUAAUUAUAAAGUGCAAUUAUUAUAUAUGAACACGUGAGCGCUCUCCAUGAAGUAUUUUGUUGAAAUACCUACAUUUUGCAAUGUAUGACCCUAAUCCCUCACCCUUUUUUGCCUCUUCUUAAUAAGGAUUGUCAAGUAAAUGAAAUUUU